UAUUAUUGGCGGUGUUGUUGUUAUUAUUGGAGUAUAUAGUUGUAAUCGAAAGUGGGGGGGGAGGGUACCUGCAUCAGAGAAAGACACCUGCAAAUUUUUGGGGGGAGGCGGACACAAACCAAAAACAGAAGGAAACACGCAGACACACUCACACACACACACACGCGCGUAGAAGAAGAAUAUGAGAUCUUUGCUUAGCCGCCAGCUCCAGUCCAGCUUCAAUCCUUGGUUUGAAUGUCGAGGGUAAUUGGCAUCAGUUGGGAUUGGGAUUGUACGCUGCCUGCCCUCACACACACCACACAUCCACACCCCAUUGCCAGCAGCAACAACAAUGCAAAGUUUGGACUCAUCAUGCCAAGAAGCAGAUUUUAUCAUCAAUGACACAUUGAAGAAAUUGAAGGGAUCCAACGCCAACGCUACAACGGAUCAUGUGCAGGGAUUAGGGCUGCCGGUGCAGCACCAGCAUACGCACCAGCUCCCACCCUCCACGCAAUCUUCGCAAGCCAUCACUUUUCCCACCAGCAGUAAAUCAUUUCUGGAGACAAGUCUUCUUCAGGCAAUACCACAAAUACCUGCCCAACCGCCUAUUUGCAUCUUUGAUGAUGAUGAACCCACAGAGGCAGCCAUUGGUGGUGGCGGCGGUGGAGGAGGAGUGGGAGGAGGAACAACAGUUAUGGGUGUCGGCCUUAGUUUGGUCAGCGGAGCCGGUACAUUGUCCAUGGGCAUUGCACCAUCACCAUCAUCGUGUUCCUCAUCGACAACAACAUUAUCGAAUUUCAAUUCAAUUACUUCACCAUCUCCGGUAGUCCCAGAUUUGUUGCUAUCAACGCCGCCAGGCAUUAAUUCUAGCCUCAGUAAUAAUAAUAAUAAUAAUAAUAAUAAUUCAACAACAACAACAACAACUGCGCCGCCAACAACAAUAACAGCGCAACCGGCGUCAGUGUCUGCGGCAGCAACAACAACAACAAGCGCGACGACAACAAGGAAAUUGGAAAAACGUCCUCCAAGCACAAACUCAGGCCAUCAUUUACAUCAUCAUCAUCAUCAACAGCAGCAGCAGCAGCAGCAACAACAGCAACAACAUCAUCAUCAUAAUCAUGUCCUGGCCUCACCGACUUCGUCACCCAGCAAAAGACAAAAAUCCAGUAGUAGUAACAGCAGCGGAAGCGGUAGCCAAGGUACCAAGGAUGGCAGCUCCUCUAGUCGCCCAACAAUAACAACAACAACAACUUCCACAUCAUCCUCCACCACAUCCUCAGCGUCAGCGCGCUCUGGCAAUGCCAAUUCAAAGGCUUCCUCCGGAUCCGCCACAUCCUCCGUCGCAACAUCCACCACCAACACCUGCCCAACAAGUCAUGCAGCAAAAUUCUUUAAUAUCCAUGAAAAGAUCAGGGAACUGUAUUUGCAAUUAUUUAGCAAUGAUUUAAAUCAUUUUGCUGAAACGGGGGUAAAACAACGCACACGAUCAUUUAUCCUGGAACGUUUGGUGGAGCGUGAAAAACUCAAUACAAUUGUGGUGAAUCUUUAUCCUGGCAAUAAAGGUUACUCACUGGCCCUGCGCUAUGAUGAGCAUUUAAUGCUAAAUCCACUAACAAACGAAUGGACAACGAUAGACGACGAUGGGAUUGGAGGAGGAUUGGGAAUAGGAGGAGCAAGUCACAAGAAUCGCAACAAAAUAACCACUGAAGAGAGUCAAUCCAAAGAUAUAUAUAGCAGCUCCAACAACAGUUCCGCCAACCAUCAUCAUCAUCAUUCGCUCGGUCUAGUGGAAGUCUUGCGUUGGCCCUAUGAGAAUGAUUUACUCCUGCAGUGCAUUGAUCGUGAAAUGUUGCCCGAAUUCCUGAUGGAUUUGCUCAAUGCCGAGACCAUUAGCCUUGCCGAUGGUCCGAUCAGUGGCAGCGGCCCAGCAUCCGGCGGUGGCGGCGGUGGCAACACCACCACGACACCCGGCGAUGGUAUAACGAGAGUUUAUGCCAAGCCGUGCGUUUUCUAUGCCGGUUGCGUUAUCGUCCAAAUUCGUGACUUUCGUCAGACAUUUGCCACCUCAACGAAUAUCUGUGAUAUGAAGCAUAUAUUGCUAAGACCCACAAAUGCCACACUUUUUGCCGAAGUGCAACAAAUGGGCAGCCAAUUGUCCUCGGAGGAUAAACUCGUGCUCGAAAGUCAAUUGGUAUUGGCCACGGCGGAGCCGUUGUGCCUGGAGCCAGAUCCACGGAUCGGUAGGCAGGCCAUCAAUGCCCAACAUCAGAAACAGCUUUACAAUUCCCACGAGCUACGGCGACAGAUGAAAAAGUUCACACAGAUCGCAAUCAAUCGUAAACGUAAAUUGGAUCAAUUUACGCAUCAUCAUGGAUUAGAGCUGUGCGAUUAUUUGGCCAGAUUGCGGCAACGGCCACGAACGGCCAGUAGUAGUGGCGGCGGCGUCGGUGUCGCCGGUGGCGCCAUUAGCUCUGGUGGAGCGGGAGUGAAUGCAACACCGCCGGCGACAGCACCCACCAACAAUCCGCUUGUUGGAGCGAUGCUAUCAUCGUUUACCUCAAAGGUGCCGCGUCGACCACACGAAGUGAUUAGACCGAUACGUCCGCCUUGUUUGGAAUAUCCUGCCAAUUUAAAGGUUCCCGAUCAUGUCAUUAGCGUGGAGAAAUAUGCAAAAACAUUCGAGGCAUUGAAUGAGUUCAGUGAUUCGUGCAAGGAUGGCUGCCAGCCAAAUUGCCGGCAUAAUUUCCAACCACAAUUAAUUGAGGAAUAUGUCCUUGAAACGGAACGUGAAGCCAAUAAUGAGGGUCGACGUGCUCUAUAUCACAUAAAGCUAUCGAUCUAUCAGCGUCCCUCGGAUGCUGAAUAUCUGGGGGAAUUGUAUGUGGAUCGGGAUUAUCGUGAGGGUGAACGUAAUGGUGAAUCGUGUCGCUUUGCCCUUGGCACUCGUGUGCAUGCCAAUCGUUAUAUACAGCAAUUUCGUGAGAUUUUCACUGAAGAGGGACGCAAAGCGGUUAAAAUAACGCAUCUAAUACCAGGACAUGUGCCAAUUGUUACCCAUACGGGAUUAACCAAUGAGCAGAGAUUGUUAAUGCAGCAGCAACAACAGCGACAGCAGCAACAUCAGGCUCAACUCCAGCAACAGCAGCAGCAGCAACAACAGCAGCAGCAACAACAACAACAACAGCAACAACAUGUUGUUGUUGUCAAUCAACCUCAACAACAGCAGCAGCAACAACAAUUGUCUGCCACUGUGCAUCAUGUGGCUCUACCUCGUCAGCAAUUGGCUGCAAAAACGCUACAAUUAUCUGGAGCAAAUGUUAUAAGUUUGCAGCAAAAUUUCCGCCAACAGCAACAGCAGCAGCAGCAGCAACAACAACAAACGUAUACAGUGGAGGCUUCAGCUGCUGGACAACAACAGCAACAAAUUGUUGUACCACAGCAACAAAAUAAUAAUACAACCACCACGCAUCAAGUUAGUCUCAGUAAUGGUUCCUUAGUUCUAGUACAACAACAACAAGCACCACAGCAGCAGCAACAACAACAACAAUUGACACAAGUACUGCAACAUUCUGGCAUAACCAUACAACCAGCAGCCAGCAACAUACAACAGCAGCAGCAACAACAUCAGCAGCAAGUGAAAGUUAACUCGGCCAUAGGCAACGCAAAUUCAGCAUUGCGUGCUCAGCUCAAUUCCAAUGUGCCAAUUCUGCAAUCACAGCUGAAGUCUCAGCAACAACAUCAACAUCAACAAUUGUUGCAGAAGCAGCAGCAACAACAACAACAGCAACAACAGACAACUGCCAGCAGUAAUAAUAAUAAUAAUAACAAUAACAACAAUAAUAACAGCAACAACAAUAAUAAUAAUAAUAAUAACAAUAAUAAUAAUAGUAAUAUCAAUAAUAAUACAGCCAUACAUCCAAAUCCUGCUAUUAAUGCCAUUGUCAAUAGCAUCAUGAAUUCGGCUAAUCAGUAUCAACAACAACAACAACAGCAGCAGCAACAACAACAACAACAGCAACAGCAUUCUGCCCAAACAACGCCCAGUAGCAACAAUAUUGUCACAACAACCAAUAGCAAUAAUAACAACAACGGAAACGGCAACACCACCAGCAGCAGCAACAAUAAUAAUAACAAUGGCAACAUUAUUGGUCCACCGCCACCCUCAACCGCCGCCGUUGUCGCCGCACCGCCACACACAACGCUCAAAAAUUCGAGCAAUGCUUCGAUAUUAAACCUGCUCAAUAGCGCACCAGCUGCCAUGACCAGCACACCAGUGGCCAGUGGCACAUUUACUGCCUCAACGGGUCAACAGCAGCAGCAGCAACAACAACAGCAACAACAACAACCGCAGCAACAACAGACCCUUACGCUAGUCCAACAUCACCCCCAGCAGCAGCAGCAACAACAGGGCACGGCAUCCACUACAGAUGGAACCACAGCCACAUAUGUCCAAACGACUAGAGGGACACCCACUCUGGUGACGGCGCAGCAGCGUAAACAGCAAUCCAGUGAAGUUUUGCAGAAUCUUCUGAAUGCCAAUCGUAAGAUUGGUGGCGGAGCAACAACAACAACAACAUUUCGCACCAAUUCAGCUGGCAAUCUGAUUGCUGUCAAUCUGAAUCCGACCACUCAAACAGGCCAGGCAGCCGACGGUAGUGGUGGUGGUGUUGGUGUUGGUAUUGGUGCUGGUGGGGGUGGUGGUCAAACAGUGCGCGUCUCAAUGUCCGCUCUGGCCUCACAGUUGGCCUCACCACCGGCGGUGAUGACAAAUCCAACGACCAGCUAUACAGUGAUCUCUUCAGGGAAUAGUGGAGCAGCUGCUUGGAUACAAAGUCCUACGGGGCCGGUGCAGCAAAGGAUAUUGAAUUCAUUGCGCAGGGAUAGCACCACAGCACCACCGAAUGCCAUAGUAGUGGGCAUGGCUGCCCCAUCGCCGGGCAGUGAUUCGAAUGCCUCGAAUGCCAGUGGAUUUGCAGUGCCUAGCAAUGUGGCUAACUCGGGCGGUAGUUCUGGUGGCUCAAGUGGCGGUCCAUCAAGUGUCGGUGGUGGUGGCGGCAGCGGUGGUGGUGGUGCUCUCUCCGCUCUGCUGACAAAUGCUGCAACGCCAUCACCAUCAGGCUCAGAUCAUUCGCAAUCCUCGCAAUCGCAUCAAAAUCAAGCACUCCUCGAGCGUCUCUCCAAUGUGACAUCGAAUGUCUCGGCUGUGGCCAUGCCGCAUAUGUCACCGCAGCAGCCACAGCAAUUUAUCACAAAGACUUUGGUUCACUCACCUGCCACCUCGUCCAUACAUUCGCCUAUGUCUAGUCCGCAUCCACAGCCUUCGGCAUCCCCGCAGCAACAGCAACACCAACAGCAGCAGCAGCAGCAGCAACAACAACAACAGCAGCAGCAGCAGCAAACUACCGCCACACUCAAUCUGCAGGGCAUAAAUUUCUCCCAGUUGCAAGGGGCAAUGGCCAAUUUUGCUGGCCUUCAGAAUGUUCAGGUUCAAAUUCCCGGAUUCACUCAGCCCAUCUCUCUACAAUUCUCGCAGCAGCAGCAACACCAACAGCAACAGCAAACGGGCACCACAACGGUUGUUAAUGCCGGCGGCGGCGGCGGCGGAGGAGCUGGCACUCAGGGUCAACAGCGAAGUGUUUUGGUCUCGGUGCCAGUUUCUGGGCAACAGCAACAACUACCCCAUACGAUUACCCUGCAAACUCAGCCGGCCACGCAUCAGCAGCAGCAGCAGCAACAACAACAGCAGCAACAUGCCCCACCCACUGGGACAAUAGUCAGUCUCCCAUCAUCGGUGACGGGCACCACCCAAACGGUGGUCAUUACGAACAAUGCCGGAGCCGCCGGGGGAGGGCAACAAGCUACUGGCAAUCCUAAUGGCAACGCCACCGGCGGAGGAGGUGCCACAACGGCCAUGCUUACGUUACCAAUUGCUCAAAUAGUCGGUGCCGGUGUACAGAAACUAAAUCCUCAAACAAUACGUACCUCAAGUGUUGGUGGUGGUGUAGGUGUCGUCCAGUCAUCGCAGCAGCAGCAACAGCAAACCCAUCCUCAGCAGACUCAAGUGCAGCAGGUGCAGCAACAGCAGCAGCAGCAACAGACGCCUGGUGGAAAUCAGACAACAACAACAGCGGCUAUCCAACUGGUGGGCACCAUACAGCAAAGGGCACGAAAUGUUCAAGUGGUGGGAGCCAAGCAAUUGGCCACCAAUCGCCAGAUAUUGACUGCACAAAGACAAAUCGGUGGAUCAACAUUGAAGAUAGCCACAACUCCGGUGAAUGCUGCCAAUGUGGUCACUAGUACUGGCAAUCUGACUGCACCCAUUGUGAUGUCCACCCAGAAGCUUCAAUUGAAAACGGUGAAGGCUGCCACACAACAAUCACAGCAACAGCAGCAGCAAACGCAACAUCGAAUACUCAAUCAGCAGAGCAACACAAUCACAGCCUCAUCACAGUCACUGCCAAAUGCUAAUCAGGUGCAACAGCAGCAGCAGCAGCAACAACAACUGCAACAUAUACAGAUUACAGCAGCUGCUGCUGCUGCUGGUCGAACAGGAACUGCCACUGGGACGACAAGUUUAAGCCAAAGGACACUAACAGCUUUGGCAGCAGCGAAACAACAACAGCAACAGCAGCAGCAGCAACAACAACAACAUCAGGCAGCGGUCAAUCGAAGGCGCUCUACCACCGAUGCCACAAAAUAGAGGCAACCGCAUCUCCUCCUUCUCCUGAACACGAAACCACUUCCCCCGCCUCCUAGAAAAUUGUGAUUCGUAAAUGCAGAAUGGGCAACCUAAUGAGAAGAAUCUAUUGUUUUUAGAGAGAAAAUGAGAAAGAGAGAGAUACAGCGAGAGAGAGAGAGAAACCCUGAGUUAGAGAGUGAGUUAGUGAGAUAGAUAGAGAAAGAGAGAAUGAGAGAGAUAGAACAUUAUUGAUGAAUGAGAAGAACAAUUCAUAAGGCUACGCGUUGUGUAUUUUGCAUGAUAUUAUAGUUUAUAUAUGGUUACCAACACCAACAACAACAACAAAACACUUAACUAGCCCUACUAUCGUACAUUGUAUACCCCCCGUCACCCCUCGCCCUUCGCCCACCCUCCCCCAUAAUGCAUAUACACAUAUAUAUAUAUAUAUAUAUAUAUAUAUAUAUGUAUGGAUAUAUGCUAUUUUUUUUUAAUGUGUAAUCGUAAGAGGAAAGAAUAUGCAAACCUAGUUUAUAGUAAAUGCGACUGCGCUUGUGUUAAUUGUGACCCUACCGCUAACCCCCCCACUCUCCCCACUCCACACUCCCGCCACCUUUUCCUUCCCACACACACACACACUCACACACAAACAAAACUGUUCCCCCCCUCUCCUCCACACCAACAAGCCACCCCUUACACACACACACCACGUUCCCCCCUCCUUGCUCUUAAAUAAUAUUUAUC